AUGGCGGAGGAACCAUCCACCAAAUGUCACCAUGGCGACACUUCGAACAAGAGCAGCAACCUCGCCGACGUUCACGUCCCCGGCGAGAAGCACGAGUACACCAAAACGCUCAAAGGGGUUGAGCUCCACGGCAAGGAGAUGCUGGAGAUCGUCUGCACCAGCGAACCAGACAAGGCCGACCAGAUGAUGAAAAAUGUGUGUCUCCCCCCUUGCAGGCCCAAGCGCCUCAAAGACUUCCUGCAGGAGGAGAAAUUGUACACAUUUGUUGGUUUCAGCAUCGGAGGUGACAAGCAGAAGCUGGGGAAGUCUGGUUUGGAAAUCAACCCCAACAACUAG